UCUAUUUAACCGAUUCAUCGUUUUAUUGUACAUGUAUUAGUCAUAUUAGCCUACGAAGUUAAAAAGUAGCUGCAGUCUUUUACAUUCCAAAUAAUUUUGUACGCUUAUUGUUUUAAUUAAUUUUGCUGUCCAAAAUGCUUGUGCAUAACCAAGCUAAAGUAACUAUACGCGCCGCAUGCGUUACUAUAUUUAUGAUGGUGUUUAGUGUUCAUUUCCCGAGCGCGGCAACAGAAACACCUGAUUUGCUGGUACCGACAUUUAGCAUCCCCUCAAACGGAUAUCACAUCCAGGCGUUUAAGCCAUCCAAUGCAUCCGUCACUAAUGGCUUGUACUACGUCCCAACGGGAAUGCUUCUUCCCAACUCCACAGAGGUCGUAUUCAACAACCAUACCGGUACCGUUCGACUGGCGGUAGAGAUACAACUGUGGGACGCAAGCUACACACAGCACAUCCGGAAUCAUGUCUCUCAGAGGCCGGUUUACGCAGAACAUCUCACACUUCCAGUCCCCUUCAAAUGGAUGCAUGUCAAGUACACAACGGAACACGCCUUAUGGAAGCACAUUCGCAGUCCAUGGCUACCCAUUGCCCAUCUUCCGCAAACGGUUUCACUGAAAAUUCCUUGCCAAACAGCGGGCCAAUGUCAGCGUAUGAAAGAAAUUGUAGAUGCAAACUUUGCAACCGAUUGGCAGCUGAUGUUUGCCUAUAAAACACCGGAGCCAAAAAAGGUCAUAGUAACAGUGGAAAAGCGGCAUCUGUUGGAAUCGGCGAUUUUUACGGCCAUCAGCGAACAAUUCGGAGCGAACCAGUAUGUCUUCGUGCAAGAGGAGGAUUUUUUCACUGUGGUGCGAGAAACGGUGAUUAAUAGUUUAGAUAGCGUUCUGGAUGCCGACGAGUUUCUGGAUGACGAACAGCUGCAUGGUUCUAUUAAGAAACUAGUGCGGAAAUUUUACCACAACGUUACCAGUUCGGUUGACUUUACGGAGGAGAUGUGGAGCGCCACGUACUGGCGUAACACCGACCAGAGGCCGGAUCGGAGAGCUCGACAUUUAUUGGGAAAUGCGGUCUCCAGUGAAACAGCCGAUUUGGGCCUUAUCAGCUCCCAGUUAACAGCGACUAUCGAAGAUGCUGGUGUACCGUGGAAUGGGGAAUAUGCCACUUUAACGUCAAUGAAAAUGUAUUGCCUAAAUAUGGACAAACUACAAAACACCGAGUUUGUGGUAUUCGGAGAUAUCUACGUGCUAACCAGUAAAACCGCCGCUGACUACAGCAUCUCUUUGGUACGGCCCAAAAUUUCCGAUAUCGAUUACCCGGAAGACGGCCAUUUUGGAAGCAUUAGUGACAACUACCAAGAAAAGAUUAAUAAUUUGAGUACCGAAAUUCAGAUCAUCCAGCAACGGCUUUCGGUUUUCGAGAGCAGGAGUUUUGCAUUCCCGAUAAAUGGGACAGACAACACAGCGGAACCGGGACUCGGUGAUAAUAUUACACUUAUUAUUGAGAAUGUGUCCAACCGCUUAUAUGCUCUGGAACAUCUAGUAAACCAGACACUGGAUAUAUGCCAAAGCGCUUACAAAGCUGUUGUGCAGAAUCUAACUGAGCAAAGAGAAAACAUUAUUUUAUUCUCGGAGUCUGCAGCACAACUUGACCAGCGGCUCGAAGCGUUAGAAAAAUCAGCGAAUUCUUCAAAUAAUAUUGGCGUAGUACUGAACGAUUGUAAUACAUCCACUGCCACGGAGAACCGUACUUCGGGACUGCUUCCGGUGGGCUCUGUUAUCGCUUAUACGGGAAACGAUACGGUACCAGCGUGUUGGUUGGAGUGCACCGGCGAUCUUUUCGACCCUGAACUGUACCCCGUAUUAGCCGGUGUUCUCGGUGAGGCAAAUACGCCAAAUCUCGGUGGGCAGUUCUUAAUAGGUGCGAACGAGCGUUAUCCGCUGGCCAGCGAAGGCGGCGAAGAAAUGCACCGACUGACGGUGAACGAAAUGCCAACCCAUUCCCAUAAAAUGACGGAUAGUCCUGUUGGUAGGCAGAUUGCUAUAAAUAAGAGGUUACGAAUUAAAACCACAACGACCAAUGCUGAAUUUCUUGAUGCAGCGUAUCCUACAGGAUUGGCCGGGAAGAAUGCUGCUCACAAUAAUAUGCCGCCAUAUCGAGCAGUAAAGUUUUUGAUUCGAGCGUGCUGACAACAAGCAAAACUGAGCGUUUUGAACAAUUCUUGGAAAGUAAUCAAUUUUGCAAUAAACAGCUGGGUGAUGCAAAUUUGUUCUGGCGUUAGGGUGAAAGUAAUGUUGUCUCAUCGGUUUACCAUAUCAUAUCUGUCCGCUCUGAAGAGUCUGUUCUGACCUCCUGACGUUGACAUUAGCUCAUCGUGACCGUAGAUUUACCGCAAACUGAUCCGGCGUUUUGCAGUCUGGUAUAGUUUUCGUUCUUUCGUCCUUCACGUGUGGGACGUGCUAAACAUAUAUUUAACUCAUCCUUUGAUCCCGUGUUUUCUCGGUUUUGGUAACUGGAAGCAUAACAGUGUUCUUAAAACUGCUUCUUUUUUCAACCUGUACAAUUAAAAACUCUUUCGAAGCACUGAACAA